UUGCAUGCCAAGGCCUACUUAAUGACUUUGAAUUUUCAUAGAAAACUUUAUGGACUGCUUAGCAAGUUUGGAUAUUCAGCUUCCCUUCCAGACAUUUUUGCUAAUCUUGGGUUUUGGUAGAAAAAAGAUAAAAAGAACUCUCCCAUCCAUGCUGCCUGAAGAUUGCCAAAAUGCUUUGGAAUUUUUAACUGACUUUAAGAAAAGUCCAAAAUAGAUUUGAGACUGUAAAAACAGAAGCUGCAGCAAAGGGGAUUCAGUGCCAAUGCAUCAACAAAAAAGACAGUUAGAGUUAGUGGAAGGAAAUCUUCCUGUUUUUGUGUUUCCCACGGAGCUAAUAUUUUAUGCAGAUGACCAGUCAACACAUAAGCAAGUGUUGACUUUAUAUAAUCCCUAUGAGUUUGCCUUAAAGUUUAAAGUUUUGUGUACUACUCCAAAUAAGUAUGUUGUCGUUGAUGCUGCAGGUGCAGUAAAGCCUCAGUGUUGUGUGGAUAUUGUGAUUCGUCAUAGAGAUGUUCGAUCCUGUCACUAUGGUGUUAUAGACAAAUUCCGUCUCCAAGUUUCUGAGCAAAGCCAGAGAAAGGCUCUAGGAAGGAAAGAGGUUGUGGCUACUCUUCUCCCUUCUGCAAAAGAACAACAAAAGGAAGAAGAGGAAAAAGGAAUAAAGGAACCAUUAAGCAAAAGCUUAUUUUUUGAGCAGUCUUUUCAACCAGAAAACAGAACUGUCUCCUCAGGACCUAGUUUACUAACUGUCUUCCUGGGAGUGGUGUGCAUUGUAGCUCUGAUGCUUCCUACAUUGGGGGAUGUAGAAUCGCUGGUGCCUCUCUACCUCCACUUAAGUGUGAAUCAAAAAUUAGUGGCUGCUUACAUCUUAGGUCUUAUCACAAUGGCUAUACUUAGAACAUGAGCAAGGAAUCCAAUUGACUUCUAAAGUAAAUCUAUCUUGAAAAUAUGAAUGUGGACUGCCUUUUAUCUCUAUUUCACUCCAUUAAUAUGCUAUAAAUUAUUGAAUGAUUUACAGUGAUUAUAAAUAUAUAAUAUAUUUUUAAAAUUACUUUAUAACUUUAUUCAAAGGACUCCAGCACAUUAUGUUACCAAAAAUAAAAAUAAAAAUAAAAAAUAACAGGAUGCUUCUAAGUGACACCUAGAAAAUUCUUUGAAGAAAUUCUUUUUAUAUCUAAACCUAUUGUGCAAAAGACUUUAAUUGAAACAUUUGUUACUUUCUCAUUUUUUUCUAAUUCAUUUUAAAUUUAUUUAAAUUGUUAGGUCCAUGUGUCCUUCACAGUUAAAGGCCUAAAACAGCAAACUGACAACUGACUAGCCUAAAAAUAAAAUUACAUUUAUUUCUUAGCUACGAACAUCAACGUUACUAUGUAAACUAUACCUUGGCUUCUAUCAAUAUAAACAGUUGUCAUGGUGUUUCUAAAAUAAGAGGUUUACAGUUAAUGUGUGGAGGGUUUUUUUAAAAGCACAAAGUACUGAGGAAUCAUGCUUAUUCUAGAACUUACAGAAGACAGGGAAUAUUUAAUUCAUCUUCUGAAUUACAGAAUAGAUUGU